AUGGGGGUGAGAGGCCUUGCGGAGCCCAAAAGUGCUGCUGUGGCUUCCAGUGGGGUUGACAUGAACACUGCCGGCUUGCCAAAUGAAGCUCCUGAAAUUCUGGACGACGUGGGAUAUUGGCUUCAGGGUGUCUACCACUUUGCCACUGAUAGGAAUGAUUUCUGGAAGAACUUGAUCCUCAGUUUGGGACUUUUCGCUGCGGGAGUUUGGCUGGCCAGGAAUUUGAGUGACGUUAAACUAAUGGCCCCUCAGCCUGGCGUGUAG